AUGAGUACCCCUGGUCGAGCCUGCUGCGCCCGUUGCGCACGUAUCAAACAACGAUGCGACGGCGAGUCACCUUGCUCACGCUGCAAGCGUCUAGGACAUGUGUGCAAGCCCCGGUCUCCAGAGAAAGAGUCCACUUUGUCUCUCAGAUCACCUGCGCGACGGCCCCGUGCAUCGCGGUCCCGGAGCGGCUGUUUGCCCUGCAAGACAAGGAAGAAGAAAUGCGAUGAGAACCGUCCCAGGUGCAGCGAUUGUCGCCGCCUGAAUCUUCCCUGUGAGUGGCCAGCUAUGGCUAUGAAUGUUGAAGUGCACAGUCCCGACAUGAAUGAUACCCCUUCGCCUAUAUCCAUUGCAACUGUGUCUGCUGAUAGCAUUCCGAUUGAUGAUUCCGACGGCGGUCCGCCUGCGCUCAGCCCCAUUACCCCUUCCGAUGAUGAGGAGUUUAUUGCCACGCUAUUUCCCCAUUCAUUGCCACGGAAGAACUCUAUGAACUUGCCUUUAAGUCGGUCUCCUAUAUCGGCAAACCCUCAUUUGCGGACUGAAGAGGACCGGUCGCUCUUCAACCACUAUAUCCACGUCGUUUCGAGAGCUUUAUCGCGUUCUCAGGAUGUAGAUCGGAACCCGUUCUUGGUCACUCUCCUGCCACUGGCUACUAUUUCGGAUACGGUUACCAGCGUCAUUCUGAGUUUAAGUGGCUGCCAUUGGAAGAGAGUCUACCCAACCAUCUGGGGAUGCGCCCUGACCCGACAAGGCAAAGCUUUGACACAAGUAAACAAAUUACUGGGCUGCUCAGACCGCCAAUCGAUAUUUGAAGCUUGUGCCACGGUGCUUUUGCUAUGCCUUACGGAAUUAUUUGAUGGUACAUCUCGCGUUUGGAAGUGGCAUUUGAAAGCCGCCAGCGCGAUAUUGAAGUCUCCUGCAUUCCAAAACCUCAUCUCAUCCGAUGAGUGGACGUUCUGCAUAAGUCUUUUCCACUAUCUCGACUCUAUGUCAACUAUUUCUCGUUGCAAGGCUCCUUUGUUACAGAGCAAUGAUAGUAUAACGGAUCUUACAACCUCAUUACGACGGAGCAGAGUUCCAGAGCUUGACCGGAAUGGAUCAUCGGAUGCCAUUUACGGUAUAUCGCCGGCGCUGUUUGAUUAUCUUGGGAUGGUCAAUUUGUUGGCCAAUCAUAGGAGUAGGCGCAUCGACGAAUUAUCUGAAAUUGGCUUUCAAGCUGCGGCUACGCAUUUGAAAGCUCGAAUCGAUGAAUGGCGCGCUGAUUAUAACUGUGGGUACUCUGCAGAACUGGAGUCCGACACGUACCACGCUACUACCGCCUUUGAGUGGGCUAUCAGACUUCGGCUGCAUCAGAUUGUGGAAGGGUAUGAUGCCCUCCAUGAGUUUGUGGAGCGCUGUGUUGUUACUAUUCUCGAGUCUGUGCAGAAGAUCCCCUAUGCAAGUAGAGUCGAGGGAUGUCUUCUAUUCCCACUUGUCAUUGCUGGGUCCAGCAGUAUUAGUGUUGAGCGACGGAUGAUUGUGAAAGAGAGGCUUAUGGUCAUGGAGAAUACCUUGGGCUUCAGCCACAUUCAUCAUGCUCGUCAACUGCUGGAGACCGUUUGGAAAGGGGGGAACGAUGCUUCAGAUCUCAACUGGGCCGCUGUGAGAUAUAGUCAAUUCCCUGGUGUAGUGUUUAUAUAA